AGUUAUUGACCCGCCUCACGGGGAAGAAAGUUGUGACGCAAGCGCGGGGACAACACAGAAAGUUUGAGGAGAAUUGGUGGCGUUUCUGAUGACUUUUUAGUCAUCCACCAAGCCUAGAAAUGCUGCGAUUACAGCAGAGCGGCUUUCUGCUGCGAUGUUGUCCACCCAAGACGACGACAGCUGUCCUUUCUGCACGGGACAAGAGUGUUUGGGCAGAGGAGGCGGGGCAGCCGAGCGAGAGAAAUGUUGACCUGCAGUCCAAGAUUCCCUUUGCCAGAGCCAAAGUCGGGCCUUUCUUCCAGGACAAACCGCGACUCGCCAACCUCUACCUGGAGGAUGUGACCUUGAGAUCUUACCUGAAAAGAGUCAUGCCGAAAGAGGUACUGCAAGCCAUCACCCCAGACCUGAAGCAGUUUGGCCACCGUGUUGCCACCGACAUCGGGGACCUGGGCCGUGAAUGUGAGCUGAACCCGCCGUACCUGCAGCAGUACGAUGCGUGGGGACGGAGGACGGACGAGGUGGUGACAUGUCAGGCGUGGAGGACGUUACACGACAUCUCAGCACAGGAGGGGAUCAUAGCCAUACCGUAUGAGAGGGAGUUUGGCCAGUGGAGCCGACUGUACCAAGUGGCCAAGCUCCACAUGUUCAACCCAGCGUCAGGGCUUUACUCAUGCCCCCUUGCAAUGACGGAUGGAGCUACAAAGGUGGCUGAGUCUACAGGAGACAGUGUCCUGAUGCAGACAGCCUUCCCUCACCUGGUGUCACGGAACCCUGCACAGUUCUGGACAUCAGGACAGUGGAUGACAGAGAGGAGAGGGGGGUCUGAUGUGGCCAAUGGUACAGAGACAGUUGCAGUCCCGCAGGAGGAUGGUACCCACAGACUGUACGGGUACAAGUGGUUCUCCUCUGCUACUGAUGCUGACAUGACCCUGACUCUGGCCAGGGUGAUGGACAGCAGUGGAGAGGUGGUACAGGGGACGCGAGGCCUGUCGUUGUUCUACCUUGAGACGAGGGACAGCAGUGGUCAGCUGAACAACAUCCAGGUGCAGCGGCUCAAGAACAAGCUGGGAACCAGGCAGCUGCCAACUGGGGAGCUCCUGCUAGAUGGCGCUGUUGCACACAAGGUAUCAGAUGAUGGCCGAGGAGUGGCAGCUAUAGCGGACAUGCUGACCAUCACCCGUAUCCACAACUCUCUAAUGGCAUCGGGCUGUAUGAGGAGACUGUUAAACCUGGCACGUGACUACAGCACCCGGAGGAGGGUGUUCGGAAAACUCAUCUGUGAACAUCCUCUUCACAUGCAGACACUGGCUAGGCUGGAGACAGAAACCAGAGGUGCCACAUUGCUGGUUCUGGAGGUGGGGAGACUGCUGGGACUACAGGACUGUAAGAUGGCAUCCGAGCAGGAUGAGCUGAUGCUGAGACUCAUCACUCCACUCACGAAACUCUACACAGCUAAACAGGCUGUGGCUUUGUGCUCAGAAGGUCUGGAGUCAUUUGGAGGACAGGGGUACAUAGAGGAUACAGGACUGCCUACUUUCCUCAGAGAUGCACAGGUUCUGAGUAUCUGGGAGGGAACGACCAACGUUCUGUCUCACGAUGUUCUGCGCAGCCUGGUAAAGACGAAGGGUGCCGUACUGCAGGCGUUUUACUCUGAUGUAACCACUCGUCUCAAGCAGGCUGCUGCAAAAGAUACUCUCAGACCAAGCUGCCAGGUUGUGGAAUCGGCCCUUCAGAAGACUGUUGGGUUUGCACAGAAGGCAGCCAGUCAGGACCCAGGCACACUGGAGGUGGCAGCCAGGGACUUCUCCUACAGUCUGGCUAGAAUCUACAUAGGUACACUGAUGUUGGAACAUGCCAGCUGGGACCAGGCCUCACCCACAGACACCACUGCAGCAGUCAGGUGGUGCCAGCAGGAUCUGUGUCCAGUGGUGACCUCUGACCUGUCUGGUUGCUAUGGUAAAGAAGGCGUGGCCCAGGACACUUCUCUUGUUAUGGAGGGGUACCAGAGGGAUGCUUAGGCACUGUGAUCAAAGACUUGAAAUUAAAUUUCUGUACAUGUACUUGUAAAUUUGGAAACAGAAAGUAUAUUAGAAUUUUGGAUUUUAUAACAAAUGUAUAUGUAAGAACAAUGUGGGGCAGAUUUACAUUUAAUUUAUAGAUGGCAGAUGUUGGUCAAAGAGGUGUUGGUAAAGGGAGCAAGGAAAAGUGAACAAUAGUUGUUGAUGAUAAAAAGCAUUAUGAAUAAGAGGAUUUAGGUAAAAGAGAUAGGCUACAUGAGAGAUAAUCUCUCUCUAAAAUCAAUAAACUAUUUUUGUCGACCUUAAUAUUAAUUAUUCAGUAUCCAUUGUCAGUGGUAAUGUAAGUAAUUUGCACCCUGCACUUCAAUAUUCCGAAUUUCAGUAUUUUUUAAAGAAAGCUCUAUGUGUAAAUUACAUUUUUUUGCUGUUGCUUACGCUGUGUUCUGAUCAUAAAUGAAAUUUCCCGAUGCUUUAGGUUAACAAUCUGCAGGUAAAGAAAAUGUAAAUACCUCUUGAUUUUUCAUAUACAAUGUACAUGUA